GCAGAGGUGAAGAAAGCGAGAGGAGACGUUUCCUGAUAUUCUUCCAGAGCCUGAACCCGAGCCAACCAGCCCAAUGUCAGACUUUGAAAACUCCUACAACUAUGUCUUGUCUAGACUAGCCAGUAUGGACCAGGCGAUCCACAGGCUGGAUGUGGGUCACUACACUCUGGAUGUUAAAGUCAGUCAGCUAAUGGACCGUCUGACCAGGGUGGAUGCUAGAGUGGAGGGGCUGGAGGACAGCAUCGCGGAGGUCUACCAGCACAGCAAGGUCAACCGCAAAGAGAUGGGAAGACUGGAAGGCUGGUCAGAAGGGACACAGGUUGGGAUACAAAUGCUAUCCUCGUGUACAAUAGCCUCGGAACUACGCCUCAGCUUCCAGAAAGUGCCAGGAGCGCGGCGGCCGCAUGGCGAUGCCCCGAGACCGAAAGGAGCAGGAAGCCCUCGCCGACUACGUGAAGUCCUACUUCCACCCGGGGAACUGGCCCGUGUGGCUGGGCAUCAACGACCUGCGAUCUGACGGCCUGUACGUGUUCGAUGAUGGGUCGAGGGUCUCGUAUUUCCAAUGGCGGAGACACUUCCUGUCCAGCCAGCCGGACGGAGGGAGGCGGGAAAACUGUGUGGCGAUGUCCUCGGACGAUGGCGACUGGUGGGACCAUUACUGCGAUCGCACCAUGAACUAUAUAGUGCGAGUUUGGAUAACAGGGAGGCACUUUUAAAAUGAACUCUCUUCAAGAUUUAAAGGUCACCUAUAGGCAAAGUCCUCUUCUUCAU